AUGAAGUACUUGGUGUUUGUCCUCCUGGUGGCUGCCGCUUGCGCUUCUGAGGUGGAGAAGCGAGAGGCGGAGCCAAGCACAGGCUACCUAUAUCCACCUUAUGGUAACCACCACAACACCUACUCCCAUGCCCAUCGCUACCAUCCACUUCACAAGAGGUCCGCUGAGCCUGAGGCAGAGGCCGACCCCUCUAACCUUUACUAUCCUGGUUAUCCCCACAACUACCAUUACGGCUACUCAUCAUACCACCUCCACAAGAGAUCUGCUGAACCCAGUUACAGGCCCGCUUACUUCCACCACCACUCCUAUACUCCCUACGUGAACCACCCUCACAAGAGGUCAGCCGAGCCCUCUACCAUCUACCACCACCACACCCCCUACAACCGCCACGUGCACCAUCCUCACAAGAGGUCAGCCGAGCCCUCUACCAUCUACCACCACCACACCCCCUACAACCCCUACGUGAACCACCCUCACAAGAGGUCAGCCGAGCCCUCUACCAUCUACCACCACCACACCCCCUACAACCCCUACGUGAACCACCCUCACAAGAGGUCAGCCGAACCAUCUACCAUCUACCCUCACUACAACCGCCACUACACACCCUACAGCCACUACAUCCACCACCAACACAAGAGGUCUGCCAAUCCUAGUUUCGUUCAAGCCUACAACCCCUACCAUUACCACGGAAUCGCCUCAGGUUACGGCCUCUACCACCGCUACUGA